AUGAGGGAGGAGUCUAUGAGGAGGAAACUUCACAACACUAUUCAGGAGUUGAAGGGCAACAUACGAGUUUUCAGUCGAGUUCGACCGCUACUCGGGGACGAAUUGUUAGGAAUGGACAGUGAUGUGCCUCAACACAUCAACUUUCCAGAUCCAGAUAAAAAGAUACUGGAACUCGAGAAGCUGGCUGGAAUUACGCCUAAUGAGGUUUGUGAGAGUGUAGCGUCAGUGAGGAGAGGGAGUAACAACAAGUACGAGUUUCAGUUUGACAGGGUCUUCCCACCAUCUUCAACACAAACUGAAGUUUUUCACGAGAUAUCUCAAUUGGUCCAAAGCGCUCUCGAUGGUUACAACGUUUGCAUCUUCGCCUACGGUCAGACUGGAUCGGGCAAGACCUUCACAAUGGAAGGCAGGGGCACGGGUGAUAACAGGGGCAUGAUUCCGCGGUCUGUCGAGAAGAUUUUUGCCACCAGGGAUGACCUUCUUAGCAAGGGAUGGAUUGUAAGUUAUUUAGUCUCAUUUCUUGAAAUCUACAACGAGACGAUUCGAGAUUUGCUGGUUCAGUCGAGGAGUCAAGCUGAUUCGACGAAGCACGACAUCAAGCUGGUCGGACCCAACACCAAUGAAGUCUUUGUCACUGACCUUACCACAGUCGAAGUCCAACAUCAGGAUGCCGUGCAAGUGCUGCUGAAGAGGGCACUUGAAAACCGUUCAGUUGCUGAGACAAAGUGCAACGAAAGAUCGUCUCGAAGUCACAGCAUCUUCAGGAUGAAGAUCACCGGCUCCAACAGUGUUACUGCCGAGUCUUGUGUUGGUUUGUUGAACCUGGUCGAUCUUGCUGGCAGUGAGCGCCUCAAAGAAUCUGGCUCCCAGGGUCAAAGGUUAAAGGAGACACAAAACAUAAACAAGAGUCUUGCCAACUUAAGCAACGUCAUAAUGGCACUUGCUAAUAAGGAGACACACGUUCCCUACCGGAACUCGAAGCUGACUCACCUGCUACAAAACUGCCUCGGUGGCAGCAGCAAGAUGCUCAUGUUCGUCAAUGUCUCGCCCAAGGAGGAGUGCUUCCAGGAGACCUUGAACUCUCUGAGGUUUGCCACCCAGGUCAAUCAGUGCAACAUUGGUCAGGCACAGAAGAAAGUGAAGUGA